UAGAACGUUCAGUGGCCCGCAAGUCCUCGAGUCGUGCGCUUCGCACUAUCGCUCGAGCAUAUCGUCGCCGCACUCGAUCACAUCCGAACGCACUCACUAUUUUUAAAAUAAAACAUCUUUGAUACAUUACACUUCGCAUAAUUUUCAAAAAUCGAACGAAUAUUUUUUAUAUAUUUUUUUUGAUCGGCCGGCGAGCAAUCGAAUUUCAAAUUAUAAAACACGUGUUUAUAUAUAGUUUGCGCGAAUAGACAGCGGUAUCGUCAGAUCCACGUUUUUCACUUCGAGUGAAUAAAUUAGCAGUCGCAACGUCGCGAUAAUUUCACUUUUUACCGCCGAAAGCAAGUUUCGUCUCGUCAUGUCUUCAUUGGAGAGAGAGAAGAUGACUUUUAAAUAGAGUAAUAAUGAUCGUUAGAAAUAAUCUACAGACGGUAUUAUUAACGGAAGUAUAGGAGCAGUGAUUGUGAAUUACUAUUAAUAUUGCAACGAGACGGCUGCAGUCGAUAGUAUGACAAAAUCAUAGCACACUCAGAACGGAGCAGCUUUAGUACAAAAAUAUGUGUGCUAUUGACUGUCGGGAGCGCAGGAAAAUGGAUGUGAAGUGUUCUUUGUUUAAAUUAAUUUUGUUUCAAUUAAUAGUGGUGCAAUGUGUCGGAAAGCAUAUACCGACGGGUAUGCCCAGAGUGGAGUUAGCAGGAGAUGUAGAAGAUAGCAUCCAGGAUAGCAUAAGAAACCUUAUACAUACUGGUAUCUAUUCACAUAAGCACCUGGAUACAUCUCAGGUUGAAGUAGUGACGCCGGUGAAGGUGAGCCGCGAGGGGGCGCUGCUGUCGCACGUUCUCGAGCAUGCUCACGAGCACGGGCACGCUCGGGCUCGACGCGACGUUCACUCGGUCGAGCACCUGCCACACGUACUGCACUACAACCUGACGCUCGGAGGUCGGGAAGUGAGGCUAGAUUUAAGGCCGUCGGUAACAUUCAUCACUCCAGCUAUGGUGGUUGAGCGCCGCACCGCCACAGGGCGCACGCGGUCGCGGCCGCAGGAGCAGGCCACCUCAUGCCACUACACCGGAUCGAUCAGAGGACAGCCUUCCUCCAGGAUCGCUAUCUCCGCUUGCGAUGGACUUGCGGGCCAAUUAAGGACGGAACAAGGCGAAUUUUGGAUUGAACCGUCUAAUCAUCUACCCACCGAUAGUUCUAAUGGACGACCACAUAUUAUUUUUAAGAGAUCUGCAGUAGAUAAAGUUCAAACUUAUUAUAGAAAAAAGAGAGAACUGGAUAGUACUAAUACUCAAAUACAUUACAAUCGCGAUGCUAAUGGCAGAGAAAGAAAUAUAAAACGAAAUAGUAAACAGCGUGGUAGCACUAAACGAAAUAACAAAGAAGUUAUGGACCCACGACGAAGAGCUUACCUCGAAGAAAGAAGGAGGAGAUUGGAAUUAUUACGAAGAGAUCCUGUAGCGUAUAGAAGAGAACAGGCUAGACGAGCAGAGGAGAGGAGGGCUAUAUCCGCAUCUAGAGUCUUAUCUUCUGAAUAUAGCAGCUCUGUUGAACUGCAAUUGAAAAACAAAACUACAAAGGCUAGAUUCGAACAAAGACCUAGAAGAAUUCGGACGAGGAGACGAAGAAAAAGAAGGUCAAAGAAUUGUGCAACGAAACAACCGCCUUAUCAAUGGAAAACGAAUAAUUCGCAGAAUAACAAGAGUGGAGAGAACAGGAAAAAUAAAUACGGCAAGAAGUAUCAUCGUUCGCAUCACCAAUUAAAUAACCGUCGGGAUCUCGAAGCAAGCAGGCGAUCAACCCGAUCUGUGAGCAAGCCUAGACAUGUUGAAGUAUUGUUAGUUGCAGAUAAAUCUAUGACUGACUUUCACAACGAAGGGAAUCUGGAAACCUACCUCCUUACCAUUAUGAAUAUGGUAUCAUCUUUGUACAUGGAUCCAUCGAUCGGCAAUUACAUCAAAGUUGUUGUUGUAAAAAUUAUCCUCGUUGAAGAACUUCAGGCCGCCCCUGAGCUUGAUGUGUCGACUAACGCUGACUCAACUCUUGCUUCGUUUUGCAAAUGGCAGAACCUUCAGAAUCCGGACAAUGACAACGAUCCACACCAUCACGACGUGGCGAUUCUGGUCACCAGGCAAGACAUCUGCAGUCAGCACGACACACCUUGUAGUACCCUGGGCGUCGCUCACGUGGCAGGCAUGUGCAAGCCGGACCGCAGCUGUUCCGUCAACGAAGACAACGGCAUCAUGUUGGCGCACACCAUCACACAUGAGCUCGGACACAAUUUUGGGUUGUACCACGACACUGAGAAGAUCGGAUGUUCACGCCGCGAUGGAGCCACGCUGCACAUCAUGACACCAAUAUUUGAGGCGGACACGGUUCAAGUAGCCUGGUCUAGGUGUAGCAAACGUGACGUCACCAAUUUCUUAGAUGCUGGGCUGGGAGAAUGCCUCAGCGACCGACCAGCUCAAGACGAGCCUUACGAGUACCCAGAAGUUCCUGCUGGUGUGAUGUUCGACGCGGCGUCGCAGUGCCACCUUCAGUUCGGCGCUGAAGCCGUGGUGUGCGCCAAGCCCACAGAACUCUGCGAACAUCUUUGGUGUCUCGUGAACAACACUUGCAAGACCAUGCUGAGGCCAGCGGCUCCAGGAACUACUUGUGGGGAAGAUAUGUGGUGUCAAAACCAAACGUGUGUGGCUCGAACACCAUCACCAAUACCACGGGACGGUGGCUGGGGACCUUGGAGCGAUUGGAGCGAGUGUUCCAGGACGUGUGGUGCUGGUGUCUCCACGCAGUUCCGAGAGUGCAAUAAUCCCGAGCCUCUUAACAAUGGCCACUACUGCAUCGGUGACCGAAGUCGGUACAAGAUAUGCAACACCGAUCCGUGCCCUAUCAAUGAUCCCUCGUUCCGGGAGGUACAGUGCGCCAAAUACAACAACAUGACAUACAACAACGACACUAUCUCGGAAUGGAUACCCUAUGUGGACCAAGAUAAGCCGUGCGAAUUGCUAUGUGUGCCCCGGAGUAGGAAUGACGUGGAGAUGGUGGGAGGAUUCGUCGCGGACGGUACCCCGUGCAGGCAGGGGCUGGGCGAAAGAGACAUGUGCAUUUCUGGGGUGUGUUAUAAAGUGGGAUGCGACUGGAUCGUGGACUCCGAAGUGGAGGAGGACGAAUGUGGUGUCUGUGGAGGGGACGGCUCUGCGUGCAAAACCGUGCAGGGGAUCUACAAUAAGGAUACCACCAGGCAAUCUGGAUUCAGUGAGGUGGCGGUGAUUCCCGCUGGUUCAAGAAAUGUGAGAAUCCAAGAGAAAGUCAGCCCGGGGAACUAUAUUUCUAUUGGCAGUGCUAAGUCGAGGAAGAUAUAUCUGAAUGGAGCUCGAAAUGCUACGUUGACUGAGUAUUUCGUAGCUGGAGCCCAGGCGAUCUAUGAACGAGAUCGUGAUUGGGAGAAAGUACGAAUUAGCGGACCACUCGCCGAAGAUAUUAAAGUAUAUCAACGCAUAUUCCGCGGAAAGCACCGGAACCCGGGAGUCACCUACCAGUACACCGUCGACCAGCCCAAGAAACGCUUCCAUUACCGGCUUUCUGAAUGGUCUGCGUGUUCUGUCUCCUGUGGAACUGGCAGAAUGCACCGAAAUUAUCAAUGUGUCGACGAGAGUAACUAUAGAGUGGUGGAGCUGUCCCAGUGCUACCAGUACGAGCAGCCGCGACACGUGGCUCUCAUGCAGCUGUGUCGCCAGCCCGCCUGCACUCACUGGUGGGUCGGCCCGUGGAAGCCCUGCGAACCCUGCCAUAUGCCGGGACAAGAAGCAACCAAGCAGCGGAACGUCCACUGUGUGAACAAAAUAUCGAACAACGUUGUCGAUGACUCCGAAUGCGACAUCACAACAAAACCGAUACAUUACUUAAAAUGUACUGAUGUACCGCCCUGUUAGCUAAGGACCGAGUACUAAAUAGUACCGUGACAAAAUAUGAAUAAUUCUAUUUCGUAAAUGAAGUUAUAAAAACGAAUAAGGCCUAGACAAAAGACCUUAAUUACUUCAGAAUCGAUUGUAUUUUGCAUAUUUAUAUGCCGAGAAAUUUUCAAACAAUCAAUGUUCUUAUGAAAUACUCGUCUUAAUAAAUGCUGAAUUUUCUACAGUAAAAAGAUUUUGACGGACGUAUUUCCUGUAUGACUGAAUUUUAUUAAUUAUAUACAAUUAUCUGGUCGUUUAUAAUUAAAUAUUAUAUAAAAAUAUGGGAUGACUUAAUUAGUCUAUUUCGUGUAAAUAUACCCACUGUGUGCUUGACACAGGUAUUUCUGAACAAGACUGUGGUAAUAAAUAACCACGAAAGAGGUUGUAGUAUCCACAAAACUCCUUCUCACGAGGCUUAUAUGUAGAGCUACCUUAUAGCGUACCAUAGAAACCCAUCGAAUAGACAUUUUCAAUACAAAUUAGUGCUCGAAUAAGACAUGCGAAUCUCGCAGGAGAAAUAUAACUAAUGCUCUACAAUUACCACUUACUGCCAUAUUAAUUAAGUAAUUUUUAUAGUUUUAACAUAGUUUUCGGUUAGUGUAACGACUAUUAUUUAUAUAACAGUAUUAAAUGAAGUACGUAAUUGUGUAUCCAAACCGAAGUGUGACGUGGAACUGUCAGUGGGGCUAAACUAUUUACUUUUUGUCAGAAAGACAGAAGCUUCACAAAAAAUACUUCGUUAACGCUGUCAAGUCAUUUUUAUACUAAACGAUUUCUGUCAAAUAGUAUUUUGUAGAGUCCCUAUUGUACGAGCUGACGAAAUUUGGACCAAAAAUAUUUAGAAAAACUAAUUCACGUUGCCAUAUCCGCGGUUACUGCCACUAUGACACUCGUAUCGAUGUAAGUUAGUUAUAAGAUUAACUAGCUGUAAUACCACUUAGGGAACACAUUCGUAAUUUAGCAUUUUUUUAAUAUUUAUUAGUCAAAAUUAUUACUUUUAUUUAUACUAAUAAAUUGCGUCUUAAAUUAUAUGUAGGUACAAGCUUCAUUUACUUUUAUUGCUGGAAAAACCUAACCUAGAACAAUUUUUUGGAACAAAAUGUAAAUAAAUAUUUAUUCGUAUCAGCUUUGUUGUGUCUUUAGAAUAAGUGAUUAUGCAUAAUUGUACCAUUAGGCGUAUUAUUUAUCACAUACCUUACUUUGUACACAGGUAUAAUAUUGUCUAAAUGGCCUACCCGGUGUUUCCGUUCUAAGAAAUCAUGCUGGUACAUCGUCGUUCAAUUAAUACACAAUUAUAAUUUUCACUUUAUAUAAUAUACUAACCCUAGGUCAUAGCAUCCGUAUUUUCACCAAUAUUAUUCUAUAAUUGUAACUCAUAUAAUAUGUAUACCUUGAUUACAAUUGUGUAUAAAUUAGAGAUGGCAAUAAAUGAUGCAUUGUUUUA